AUGAAAUUCCUGACUUUGUCACUGGUUUAUAGGAACCAAGUCUUGGAGUAUCAAAAGUGGGCUAAACCACUUGCUAAAAAGUUGUUAGAGGUGCUAUUGAAGGGUCUCAAUGUCAAUGAAUUUGAUGAAUCUUUAGGACCUCUCUUGAUGGGAACUAUGGCUAUCAACAUAAACUAUUAUCCACCAUGCCCAAAUCCAAGUAUCACCAUUGGGGCUCGCCGACACUGCGACGUCUCCUGCAUCACUCUGCUCUUCCAGGACGACACGGGAGGCCUAUAUGUUCGAGGGACUAAAGGCGAUAAUUGGAUCCACGUAAAUCCAAUCAAAGGCGCCUUAGCGGUUAACAUAGGUGACUCGUUGCAGAUCAUGAGCAAUGAUCGAUACAAGAGUAUCGAGCAUUGUGUAGCAGUUGAUUCGAGCAGGGCUCGAAUAUCCAUACCGCUAUUUGUGAAUCCUUGCUUUGACAGUGUCAUUGGUCCAUUUUCACAAAUGUUGAAAGAUGGAGAAAAACCAGUGUACAAACAUGUCUUGUUUUCUGAUUAUUGGGAUUAUUUCUUUCGUAAGAGGCCUUCUGGUAAAGCAUCACUAGAUUUUGCUAAAAUUUGAUAG